GAAACCAGCGGAGGGAGAAAAACAGAAAACGAGAAAACCAGAGAUUCAUCAAUUCGUUCAUUCUUUAGUUCUUCUUCUUCCUUCUAACCUUAGAAACUUAUAGCUACAGAGAGAAGAAGAAGAAAGCAAAUUGAAUGGCGGCAAGAGCCAACAACAAAUACACCUCUAUCAACUUCAACCACAUCCUUCACAAAGACCCUCCUUCUUCUUCUUCUUCUUCUUCAUCAUCAUCUUCCGCUUCAUAUUCCUCCGUCGCUCGUUCCAAUGGCCGUAUGCUCGUCCUCACCAAAUCUUCCCCCAAACCUCUGAGAUCUCCCUCCACUUCUACCUCCACCACCACCACUACGACCACGCCUCCGAUCUCUCCAGCUCCGAGGAUUUCCAAUCAAGCCAUCUCUGAUCCAGAUCCAAAUCAGAUCUCUCUUCGUCCCUUAGGUCAUACAGGACCUGGUUCCUCUCGUUCGUUCCCAAUUCGGAAUCCUGAAAUCGACAAGGUCCCGGAGGUGCCUGCUCCUGCUCCGAGUUCAUUCUCCCCGAAACCUGAUCGGUUCGUGCCGCCGCAUCUUAGGCCAGGUUUCGUUCGGAAAGACGAGAAACCUGGACUCGACUCUUCUCGAGUUAGAGAUCCGAAUCUGAAUCAGAGAUUGCCUAACCAGGAACAGCCACGGCAGGGAUAUUUCGGGUAUGGACAGACCGGACGCCCCAAAUCGGGCGGGUAUGAGAGGAUCCGGACGGAUCCGAGAACAACCGGAAACCGACCCGGCACCUCCGGAUGAUGAGCUUGCUGGGUUGAUGUCCAGUUUACUCACUCGAUGAUGGAGAUGGAACCUUACUUACCUCUCAACGUUAAAAACAGUGACUUGUUACUUCUCACUUCUUUUGAUCAAAGACCACCCCCUAAGAUUCAGUAGAUUUGUACAAGAUGUUAUUGUUUUGGGAUCAGGGUGACACAAAUAACACUUGUUAUCUUACUUGUCUCACUUAUGUUUCAAAACUUUGUUUAUGUACUAAUGUACGUAUAAUUCUGUUAGCACUUGUUGUUUAGGUAUUCUAUACCAGAUAUCUCUUUUGGUGUUUUUUUAUAAGAAAACAAUUUGUUUCUGGAUGUUAUUUCACCAGGAGAAUUUUGCCA